GCGCCUGGGGCAACCGCGCCCGCGGAGUUUUCCGCCCGGCAGGCUCCUCCUCCCGCCCCGCCCUGAAGGCUGCGGCGCCCGCGACUCCCCAGUGCCCCGAGUGCCCCGCGAGCGGGAGUGGGACACAGCCCCAGGCAGAACCCAGGCACCGCGUCCGGGACGCCCGCGGAGAGAGCCACUCCCGCCCAAGUCCCAUUUCGCCCCUCGCGUCCCGAGUCCCCGUGGCCAGGUGAGUGAGGGUCCCGGGCCGGCCGGGGGACUGGGACCAGGCGGCGGCAGUGCACCGCGGCACCGCAGAUCUAAGCAUGAGCUACCCUGGCUAUCCCCCACCCCCAGGUGGCUACCCACCAGCUGCACCAGGUGGUGGUCCCUGGGGGGGUGCUGCCUACCCUCCUCCGCCCAGCAUGCCUCCCAUUGGGCUGGAUAACGUGGCCAGCUAUGCGGGACAGUUCAACCAGGACUACCUCUCGGGAAUGGCGGCCAACAUGUCUGGGACGUUUGGAGGAGCCAACAUGCCCAACCUGUACCCUGGGGCCCCUGGGGCUGGCUACCCACCAGUGCCCCCUGGGGGGUUCGGGCAGCCUCCCUCUGCCCAGCAGCCUGUUCCUCCCUAUGGGAUGUAUCCACCCCCAGGAGGAAACCCAUCCUCCGGGAUGCCCUCAUAUCCGCCAUACCCAGGGGCCCCUGUGCCAGGCCAGCCCAUGCCACCCCCCGGACAGCAGCCCCCAGGGGCCUACCCUGGGCAGCCACCAGUGACCUACCCCGGUCAGCCUCCAGUGCCACUCCCUGGGCAGCAGCAGCAACCAGUGCCGAGCUACCCAGGAUACCCAGGGUCUGGGACUGUCACCCCCGCUGUGCCCCCAACCCAGUUUGGAAGCCGAGGCACCAUCGCUGAUGCUCCUGGCUUUGACCCCCUGCGAGAUGCCGAGGUCCUGCGGAAGGCCAUGAAAGGCUUUGGGACGGAUGAGCAGGCCAUCAUUGACUGCCUGGGGAGUCGCUCCAACAAGCAGCGGCAGCAGAUCCUCCUUUCCUUCAAGACGGCUUACGGCAAGGAUUUGAUCAAAGAUCUGAAAUCUGAACUGUCAGGAAACUUUGAGAAGACAAUCUUGGCUCUGAUGAAGACCCCAGUCCUCUUUGAUGUAUAUGAGAUAAAGGAAGCCAUCAAGGGGGUUGGCACUGAUGAAGCCUGCCUGAUUGAGAUCCUCGCUUCCCGCAGCAAUGAACACAUCCGAGAAUUAAACAGAGCCUACAAAGCAGAAUUCAAAAAGACCCUGGAAGAGGCCAUUCGAAGCGACACAUCAGGGCACUUCCAGCGGCUCCUCAUCUCUCUCUCUCAGGGAAACCGUGAUGAAAGCACAAAUGUGGACAUGUCCCUCGCCCAGAGAGAUGCCCAGGAACUGUAUGCAGCCGGGGAGAACCGCCUGGGAACAGACGAGUCCAAGUUCAAUGCGGUUCUGUGCUCCCGGAGCCGGGCCCACCUGGUGGCAGUUUUCAAUGAGUACCAGAGAAUGACAGGCCGGGACAUUGAGAAGAGCAUCUGCCGCGAGAUGUCCGGGGAUCUGGAGCAGGGCAUGCUGGCCGUGGUGAAAUGUCUCAAGAACACCCCAGCCUUCUUUGCGGAGAGGCUCAACAAAGCCAUGAGGGGGGCAGGAACAAAGGACCGGACCCUGAUUCGCAUCAUGGUGUCUCGCAGUGAGACUGACCUCCUGGACAUCAGAUCGGAGUAUAAGCGGAUGUAUGGCAAGUCGCUGUACCACGACAUCUCGGGAGAUACUUCAGGGGAUUACCGGAAGAUUCUGCUGAAGAUCUGUGGUGGCAAUGACUGAACAGUGACUGGUGGCUCACUUCUGCCCACCUGCAGGCAACAGUGGUGCCAGGAAAAGGCCAAAAGAAUGUCUGUUUCUAACAAAUCCACAAAUAGCCCCGAGAUGCACCGUCCUAGAGCCUAGGCCUGUCCUCCACCCCUCCUGACCUGUAUAUUGUGCCACAGGACCUGGGUCAGUCUAGAACUCUCUCAGGAUGCCUUUUCUACCCCAGCCCUCACAGCCUCUUGCUGCUGAAGUAGGUGUUUCAUUUUUCUGACUCAUGCAAUCAUUCCCCUUUGCCUGUGGCUAAGACUUAGCUUCAUUUCGUCAUUUAAUUGUAUAUUUUUAUUUGGAGGCAUAUUUUCUUUUCUUACGAUCAUUGCCAGACAGAUGCAUACAAGUCUGUUUGCUGCGUACACAUUUCUGUUGAGGGCAACUGGUUGGGUGAAGUGCCGUGUCCCCGCUGAGGAGAGAAAGGGAAGCAUGCCUGGGAGGGUAGCCGGUGCAUCUGGUGAGUGUGUCACAAGCUUUGUUACUGCCAAACUUACUCCUUUUUAGAAAAAAAAAAAAAAAAAAGGGCGAGAAAGUCAUUCGUUCCAUCUUCCUUGCAGAAACCACGAGAACAAAGCCAGUUCCCUGUCAGUGACGGGGCUUCUUGUAAUUUGUGGAAUGUGCCUUAAACCUGAAUGUCUGUAGCCAAAACUUGUUUCCACAUUAAAAACCAGCCAGCUCUCGAAU